AUGGCGACUAAAGCCAAAUCAAGCUCCUCGUCAUGCCUCUCCUUCCUCAAGGACGCCCUGCUCCUUCCGACCCAGAACGCCAAGCUCUUCGUCCCUGUCUUCCUCCUGAUCAUAGCCUUCUUCGCCACCUCCACCACCUACGCCGGCGACCGCUACUCACUCCCUGAGCUCUUCACCGAGGUGAUCAUGAAGGGGCGUCGCCUGAGGGGCCCUCUCAUAACCGUCGCCAUGGUGGGCGUCCUCAACGUCGCGUGCAUUCUCCUCCUCGUCGCGCUGCUCCAGCUCGCGAUGAGCCACAUGGGGGGUGCUCUACAUGGCGGUCCUCUUCGUGCUCCCGUUCCUCGUGUUCCUGUACCUCAACAUCGUCUUCUUCGUCGCCAUAGCCGCGUCGGUGGCCGACGCGGACCGCCGCGGCGUGAGCGCGCUCACGCUGGCGUGGCGGCUGAUGACACAGGUGUGGAGGAAGGAAGGCUGCGUGCUGGUCGUCGUGGUCCAACUGGUGGAGAUGGUUCCAUCCCGCUCCACGCGGUUGCGCUUGCGUGGUUGAAGAAGAGCAUGCCCAUGGGGCUGGCUCUGCUCUCCGUAUACGCGCUGCUGUCCGGCUUGGUGCAGCUCUUCUACUACGCCGCAGCGAUGGUGUACUACUACCAAGCCAUGGAGAGCAAGGAGGUGAUGGCCCAUGACUACGUCAAGAUCCCGACAGGUGAAGCAACUGUGUGA